UUCCACCUGAUUCUUCUGUAGUAGAAAGAGGUGUGUCGAAGGGCUCCGGAUAGCGCCGCUGUCGUGCUCUGCUCUGUGUCUGUUAAAGCCGUCAGGUGCCGGUGCCGGGCAGAGGAGUCACAAUGGGCCAGUCUGGAAGAGCGGACUUCGAGUGGGUCUACACCGACCAACCGCACACGUCGAGAAGGAAGGAAAUCUUAGCCAAGCACCCGGAGAUCAAGUCCCUGAUGGGAGCCGACCCCCAUCUGAAGUGGAUCGUGUCGGGCAUGGUGUUCACACAGCUGCUGGCCUGCUACCUGGUGAAGGAUCUGUCCUGGAAGUGGGUCCUGUUCUGGGCCUAUGCCUUCGGAGGCUGCGUCAACCACUCCAUGACGCUGGCCAUCCACGACAUCUCCCACAACGUGGCCUUCGGCAACAAGCAGGCUCGCUGGAACCGCUGGUUUGCCAUGUUCGCCAACCUGCCCAUCGGCAUGCCCUACUCCGCCUCCUUCAAGAAGUACCACAUCGACCACCACCGCUACCUGGGGGGCGACGGGCUGGACGUGGACAUCGCCACUGACUGGGAGGGCUGGUUCUUCUGCAGCCCGGCCCGCAAGCUUGUCUGGCUGUUCCUCCAGCCCCUCUUCUACGCCCUGAGGCCGCUCUACGUCAACCCCAAGCCCAUCACCAGACUGGAGAUCUCCAAUGCCGUGGUCCAGUUCAUGGCCGACUUCAUCAUCUACUACCUGUGGGGUCUGAAGCCAGUGGUGUACCUGGUGGCUGGUUCCAUUCUCGGCAUGGGAUUGCAUCCCAUCUCAGGGCACUUCAUCGCAGAGCAUUACAUGUUUUCCAAGGGAUAUGAAACCUAUUCCUACUACGGACCUCUGAACUACAUUACCUUUAAUGUGGGCUACCACAUGGAGCACCACGAUUUCCCCAGCAUUCCGGGCAGCAAGCUGCCAUUGGUGAAGAAGAUGGCAGCCGAGUUCUAUGACGACCUGCCACAGCACACGUCCUGGAUGCGGGUUCUGUGGGACUUUGUCUUCGAUGAUGCCAUCGGCCCGUAUGCCAGGGUCAAACGCACAUACAAGCUGGUGAAAGAGGACUGACACAGUUACAUUCCCUGUGUUUGCAUCUCUGUGGACAGGCAGGAUUUGUUAUAGAUUUAUAUUUAGUUUUAUUUUGCUUUUACAAAAUUACAAGAAGAAACAAAUGCACGAGAAAAUGGUUUUGCAAUGUGGCACACUGGUGACUCUGCACGUGUGUUAACAGCAGCUGUGCAAAUCUGCACAACACAAGAUCACUUUGCACUUCUCUGUAAAAUAAACCCUGAAGCUGUUUUGAACAGUGCAUGCACUGGACUCUGUAUUAAAAGGCUGGUCCAGCUGACAGUUUAAAAAAUAAAAUCCUUUGUUUUCUUUCUGUCAACUGCGAUAUUGCAGCACUGGUUCAUGUAAAUAAAAAAUUCUGUUAUA